GCCGGCCCCGGCCCAGCCCCCCGGGGACGCCGCGGCGCGGGCCUCGGUGAGCAACGGGGAGGACGCAGGCGGCGGCGCAGGCAGGGAUCUGGUGGACCUCAGGAUCAUCUGGAACAAGACCAAGCACGACGUGAAGUUCCCGCUGGACAGUACGGGUUUCGAGCUCAAGGAGAAGAUCCACUCGAUCACAGGUCUCCCGCCUGCCAUGCAGAAAGUCAUGUAUAAGGGACUCGUCCCCGAGGAUAAGACAUUGAGAGAAAUAAAAGUGACCAGUGGGGCCAAGAUCAUGGUGGUGGGCUCCACGAUAAAUGAUGUUUUAGCAGUAAACACACCCAAAGAUGCUGCACAGCAGGAUGCAAAGGCCGAAGAGAACAAGAAGGAGCCUCUCUGCAGACAGAAACAACACAGGAAAGUGUUGGAUAAAGGAAAACCUGAAGAUGUGAUGCCAUCUGUCAAGGGUGCCCAGGAGCGCCUGCCAACGGUACCCUUAUCCGGCAUGUACAAUAAGUCUGGAGGAAAAGUGCGACUCACCUUUAAGCUGGAACAAGACCAGCUGUGGAUUGGCACUAAAGAGCGGACUGAGAAAUUGCCCAUGGGCUCCAUUAAAAAUGUGGUCAGUGAACCUAUCGAAGGACACGAAGACUACCACAUGAUGGCGUUUCAGUUGGGCCCCACAGAAGCCUCUUACUACUGGGUGUACUGGGUUCCAACUCAAUAUGUGGAUGCAAUCAAAGACACUGUGCUGGGGAAAUGGCAGUAUUUUUGAAAGCACUUUCACCUCUGGCCCAGGAGACUGACCCAAAGUGAAGGACAUUGCCGGGAGAGGCCUGCAGCAUCCCUGGAUUUCAGAGUUCUGGAACUUUGUUAAAAAAAAAAAAAUCUAUAUUCAAUCUAAGGCGAUGUGGUGACUGAAGCCAGAGGUGAUGUACUUUCACCAUUAGCUUAAUUUUAACUUAAAAUCACCGGUUCCCUUUCUUGCAGUCAGCUUCAUACCAUUUUUAAAGUCAUUACAGUGGAAAUCAAUAAAUCUGAGUUCCGAACAUCUUGUGUGGAAUACUCUUAAGUGUGUUUGAGAGUAGAUCUGCCAAUUAUGUUGAGAAAAGAAUAAUCAAAAGCUUUCUGCUGUUUUUGUUUUUAAGUGAUUUCAACAAAUAUUUUCAUAAAUCUUUGGUUGCAAACAUUUGGACUGCAUUGUGAUGAGAUGGGGUGUUUUUUUUUUCCUUCUUCGUAUGAAAUUGCAAAAUGAGGGGGUUAGUAAGCCAUAUUUUUCUGUCCAUUGAUUCAGAUUUAAUUCUUUCCCUUUUUUAUUUUCUUACUUACUAGAUUGGAGUUUUUGUUUUAAAAACCCAAAGAUGUCAGUUCCUCUUUUUGUACCUCAUCAAUGCCUCCUUGCUGGGCUCCCUCCCCCCGUGCUGCUGCUCCUUGUGAAUGCACAGGGGAGGGGGGAGCUGUGGGGCUUGGUCAGGGAGCUCCCACACUGGCUGUGGUGUUCAUUGAGCAGCAGAGUAUCUCACAGUGACGCCUAUCUAAACAUCUUGCCCUUUGGGCCCUGAUCUCCAGGGAGUUCCAUUGCUGGUUUGAAGGUUGUCUGCAACCCUCACUGAGCUUGGCUUUGAGGCCCGGCCUGGCACACGUGUGCCUGGGCUGUGCUACUCAAAAGCCCCAACUGCCAGGCAGACAAAGACCUCUUCAAAAAGGAGCCAGGUAGAAGAUAGUUUCUACAGCCAUAAAGCUACAGAUACACAUAUCUUCUUUCUUUGGAAGUUUUGAAGAAAUUCUUAAGCAGUCCGAUGAUUAAUUGCAAUUAUGCUUCUCCAUUCGGUCCUUCUACUCAUGCAUUAAGUUCAAGUGUCCUUUAUCCCAGGUUCAGAGAUGCCACCUUUGUCAGUAAGAAGACAUCUGAGCUAGUGUGUUGUCUGGUGUUAUUUGAACAACAAAAAUGGGAUAAAUUGCUUUCAUGAUUAGCUCACCCUCUUCUGGUUUUAGUCUUCAUGUUCUUUGUACACAUGAGAUUCUUUCGUCUCCUUCUGGCUUGACUGACUCUGAAAUGAGGGAAAGUCUCUUGGUGAGUGAUACCCUCUGUGCUGUUUGCUGUCUCUGCUGCCAUCUUUGCAGUUCUCCUCUCACUGGUUGUAGGCUCUCGUAAGGUUUGGUGAGAAAUUUUCCAGACUUCAUAUUUUGGAUUCUAGGCUGUUACCCUUCAUUCUGUGAAAUGUAUUAGCAUGUGUGCGCCUCAGAUGACUAUUCCUUGUGAGCCAGUGGAUGAUAUUCUCCGCCCAUUCCUUCUAAGCUGUAGUUCAGGAAUCCAGCCCACACAGACAGACUUUUGCUUUUCGUGGUGUAGUCAAUGCCAAGUUACACAUCUGGGCAGGAAAAUCUACUCUUUGCUUUUUGGGGGGCAUUAGUGCAUAUGUGAAGUGCAGCAUCCAUGAAACUGCCUGUUUUUCAUCCCUUGAGAAAGGAGCGGUCCUUGCAGCUUUUCUGUCCUGGUGGCCUAUAAUUCCUGGGAACAGGAGUGGUGCUCUGCUGCCCUUCCAAGCCUCCCUCUGCGGUUGACAGGUCUACAGAGGAAAUGAUCAUGUAGCAAGUAGUGUCAUCUCGGUUUAUAUACUGCUCCUUUGUUUGCCAGCAUCCACAUCCUGGAGACUUGUCCUGACAGUGCCACACACCCACUUGGAUCUCUCAAAGCAGGCGUCUCUGUCGCCAGACUGUCCUUGCUCGAAGUGCUGCUCUCCGAGGCCCCUUCUGCCAGCUCCCCGCGACAUGCCUUCCUCCCAGUGAGAGUGUAUGUUCCAUCGUCCCCUGCUCCCCAAGGGCCAAACUGCUUCUCACUCAGGCUGGUGUCAUUUCAAGAGGACCAAAGCCUGCGUGAGCCUUUUCAUUUUAAGUAAAAUGGUGCUUUUUUCCUUACUUGGAGAUCCUAUAAAUAAAUAAUAAUGUAAAUGACACCUUUUUGUACGGAGCUGUUUGAGUAUUGCUUUGCAGAGCUCACUAAAUCCACUACAACAGUCUUGAGCUCUGGUUCCUGACCCUGUCUGCAUGGAAGACCUUGCUGGAAGCUCUCAGGAGAGCAGAGGUAGACAGCACCAGAAGCCGCUGAGAAGUGUUUUAGAUCUGUGUCUGGGUCAUAGCAGUAUUCACUGUUUUGUCACUCAGUCCCAUGAGCAGUCUCUUCGUAUAUCUCACAGUUUGGAGUAUACUGACUAAGUCUGUGUAAACAAAUUGAAAUACUCUUGCUCUUAGGUGUCAGUGCAGUGUUUUAUUUUUUUCCUCGGGAUUAUGCUGUCCAAUUCCGUCACUGUCAGAGAGGACCGGGUUUUUUCCCUCACUGCAGAUGGAGGGCAUGCAGGUGAAGGGAGGAGGAGCUGGUUCCUGGAGAGGGCCCUUAGCAGCACUCACCUGGAGGUGGAGGGAGGGCCUGGCCCCUGCGAGGGCUGGACACCUUUCAGCCUGCUGAUGCACUGCUUUCUCUUGUAGAAUUGGUACUGACGGUCCUCUGGCAGGUCUUCACUCACAGACAUCAUGCCUUUCUUUCCUCCCUGUAGCAACUUGGCUGAAUAUUGUAACAAGAUAAUCCCUGCUGAACCCAGUCCCCCUCAGCUCUGUUUCGGUCGGUCAAAUCAGAGAACUUAGACUCAGGAGUUGCUAGAACUCUUCAGUAUUAAGUGUUUUAAUCCAGGAUGGGCCUUCUGCAAGUAGAGUUAGCUCUUUUUAAAUGAAGUUCAACUGAGCUAAGGAUGCACUUUCUUCUAAUCUUGUGGACACAGGAGGGACACCCAGGUGAGGCCCUCAGUAGGCUCUGUAGUUGCUGCUUUAUCUUAUGAGGGCCAAAGUGAUUAACUUUGCCGCAUUGCCACAUCUCAGAAAAGUUGCCAUACUUCACCCAGAAGGGGCUUGUUUUCCUCUUACUCUUACUUUAACCAUGUGCCUAGAGGAGCCGCUCUGGGCUCUUGCACUUGGCCCACCCUUUCUUUGCCAGGGGCGGGGAAGGGGAUAGACUCAGCGUGCCAAGGGCCAUGCAAGGGCAGGCUUGCUUUCCACCCAUCUGCUGAGGGAGACCACUUUCCCUCGCUCCUUGUCUCUCUUCCUGCCUCUGGUCUUGGAAAAGGGUGGUCCCUUUGUCUUAAAGCUUUGUGAUAAAGUCAUCUCCAGUUAGGAUUGGCACCUGUUUCCUUCUUAGUAGGGUCUAGCAGCCUUUCUGAAGUUACAGGUGAUCAGGAGCCCCUGAUGUGCAGAACAUCUGGUAGAUUUAACUGCCAGGUUGGGUGGUUCUACUGCUUUCUAAAUUUCUAAGAACCUCUUUCUUUUUCUUUCUUAAAGAGUUCUGCAGAGUUACUUAACAAUAUGUGUGAGUACCUUGUUUCCUUGUGGUGUACACUUUGUUCUGGUUUCUGUUUUUUAAAUCAAAUGCCUGUUUGGGAGGAGAUGAACGUAUUUAGUCUAUUAGAUCUGCGCUGCUGGAUUUUUUUUAAAGUGUAACCUUGACUAGCUGUCUGUUUAUCCUGUAAGAUUAGUCUAUCAAUUAAAGUUUGAUAAUUAAUUGCG